CUCUCUCUCUCUCUCUCUCUCUCUCAAAACCAUAUCUGUCCAGCUGCACUAUCAAUUCAAAAUCAUCGUUCUCUCUCUUUGCCCCGAGUCACUGUCGAGCACUCACUUCCGGUUCCGAUGACGUCGCCGCUCGUUGACAAAGAGUACCUCAAAGAAAUCGACAAGGCUCGCCGCGAUCUCCGCGCUCUCAUUUACAGCCGAAGCUGCGCUCCGAUCAUGCUCCGCUUGGCGUGGCACGAUGCUGGGACCUACGAUGCCAAGACGAAGACGGGUGGGCCGAAUGGUUCAAUUCGGAACGAGGAGGAGUACUCUCAUGGUUCCAACAAUGGCUUGAAGAAGGCUAUUGAUUUUUGUGAGGAAGUCAAGUUGAAGCAUCCAAGGAUUACAUAUGCAGACCUAUACCAGCUUGCGGGUGUUGUUGCAGUUGAGGUCACUGGAGGCCCCGUCAUUGAUUUUUCUUCAGGCAGGAAGGAUUCUAAAAUUUCUCCUAAGGAAGGACGACUUCCAGAUGCUAAACGAGGUGCACCACAUUUGAGAGAAAGGUUUUAUAGAAUGGGGCUGUCUGACAAGGAUAUUGUUGCACUAUCUGGGGGUCAUACACUGGGAAGGGCACAUCCAGACAGAUCUGGUUUUGAUGGUCCUUGGACUAAGGAACCUCUGCAGUUUGAUAACUCAUACUUUGUUGAACUGUUGAACGAGGAGUCAGAGGGGUUGUUGAAACUUCCGACAGAUGCAGCUUUAGUGGAGGAUCCUGAGUUCCGUAAAUAUGUUGAUCUGUAUGCAAAGGAUGCGGAAGCAUUUUUUAGAGAUUAUGCUGAAUCGCAUAAGAAACUUUCAGAGCUCGGGUUUACUCCAAACCCCACUUCCUCAAAGACAACUGCUAAUGACAGCGCGAUACUGGCACAAGGAGCGGUAGGAGUCGCGGUUGCUGCUGUUGUUGUGAGCCUAGGUUACUUGUAUGAAGCUCACAAGAGAGCCAAGUAGAGUCCUAGAAGUUGUCGACUUGCUGAACUGAUUACCUCGAUCUUCCUUUUUCUUUCCGGCUGGAGAUUACCGUGAUCCCUUAUGAAUAAUUGCCACAGGCUGCUUAGUAGCUAAUUGGCCAGUGGGAAGAUAUAAGUAGACUUUUUAUCCAUUUCAAGGAAAAUAAUAUAAUGCACGGCGAACAUAGUGACA